GAGAACUACGACGACCCCCCACAAGACGCCGGCGUCCCCCGUGGUGCACAUCCGCGGGCUGAUCGACGGCGUGGUGGAGGCCGACCUGGUGGAGGCCCUGCAGGAGUUCGGCCCCAUCAGCUACGUGGUGGUGAUGCCCAAGAAGAGGCAGGCCCUGGUGGAGUUUGAGGACAUCCUGGGCGCCUGCAACGCCGUCAACUACGCGGCGGACAACCAGAUCUACAUCGCUGGGCACCCCGCCUUCGUCAACUACUCCACCAGCCAGAAGAUCUCGCGCCCGGGCGACGCCGACGACUCGCGGGGGGUCAACAACGUGCUGCUCUUCACCAUCCUCAACCCCAUCUACUCCAUCACCACGGACGUGCUCUACACCAUCUGCAAUCCCUGCGGCCCCGUGCAGAGGAUCGUCAUCUUCCGCAAGAACGGCGUGCAGGCCAUGGUGGAGUUCGACUCGGUGCAGAGCGCGCAGCGCGCCAAGGCGUCCCUCAACGGGGCCGACAUCUACUCGGGGUGCUGCACGCUGAAGAUCGAGUACGCCAAGCCCACGCGCCUCAACGUCUUCAAGAACGACCAGGACACGUGGGACUACACCAACCCCAACCUGAGCGGCCAAGGCGAGCCCGGCGGCAACCCCAGCAAGCGGCAGCGGCAGCCCCCCCUCCUCGGGGACCACCCGGCGGAGUACGGAGGCCCCCACGGCGGCUACCACGGGCACUACCACGACGAGGGCUACGGCCCCCCCCCGCCCCACUACGAAGGCAGGAGGAUGGGGCCCCCCGUUGGGGGGCACCGCCGGGGGCCCAGCCGCUACGGCCCCCAGUACGGGCACCCGCCCCCCCCCGCCCGCCCCCCCCCCGAGUACGGCCCCCACGCCGACAGCCCCGUGCUGAUGGUGUACGGCCUGGACCAGUCCAAGAUGAACUGCGACCGCGUCUUCAACAUCUUCUGCCUCUACGGCAACGUGGAGAAGGUGAAGUUCAUGAAGAGCAAGCCGGGCGCGGCCAUGGUGGAGAUGGCGGACGGCUACGCCGUGGACCGCGCCAUCACGCACCUCAACAACAACUUCAUGUUCGGGCAGAAGCUCAACGUCUGCGUGUCCAAGCAGCAGGCCAUCAUGCCCGGGCAGUCGUACGGGCUGGAGGACGGCUCGUGCAGCUACAAGGACUUCAGCGGCUCGCGCAACAACCGCUUCUCCACCCCCGAGCAGGCGGCCAAGAACAGGAUCCAGCACCCCAGCAACGUGCUGCACUUCUUCAACGCCCCCCUCGAGGUGACCGAGGACAACUUCUACGAGAUCUGCGAUGAGCUGGGCGUCAAGCGGCCGUCCUCCGUCAAGGUGUUUUCGGGGAAGAGCGAGCGCAGCUCCUCGGGGCUGCUCGAGUGGGAGUCCAAGAGCGACGCGCUCGAGACCCUCGGCUUCCUCAACCACUACCAGAUGAAGAACCCCAACGGGCCGUACCCCUACACGCUCAAGCUCUGCUUCUCCACGGCCCAGCACGCCUCCUAAGCGGCCCCCCCCGCGGGGCCCCCCCGCCCUCGUCGGUUUGGUUCAUUUUCCUUUUUUUUUUUUAAAAAAAUAAAGCCAAGUGGAGCAGAGGCCACCCGCGGCGGUGCCCCCCCCCC